AUGGUUGCCAACACAGAGCCUGUCGGCUACCAAACCAUCUCAACACUCAAGCUUGAUAACACCACAGCCAGCAAGCCCCUUCAGGCCAAGCCUGCGGGUCCACGCAAGCUCUUUUCUGAUGCUAGUAUCAUCUAUGGCGACUGGCGCGAUGAUCUCAUGAGAGAUGGUUACGCUGUUGUCAAGGGUGCUAUCCCCAGAGAGCGAGCUGAUCAGUAUGGAGAAGAGAUUAUGUCUUAUCUCGAAAACUUUAAUGGUGGAAUGGGCUUCAAGCGCGACGAUCCCAGCACUCUCAAGAACGAGAACUUGCCCAUCAUCACCGAAAAGGGCAUGAUUAUUGGCUACGGUGUUGCUCACGAGAGUUUUACCUGGGCCAUCCGUCAAGAACCAGGUGUCGUUGAAGCCUUUGAGCGUGUGUACGACACAAAGGAUCUGAUUGUCUCAUUUGACGCUAUCAACACUUCCUUCCCUGGUCGCAAAGAUGUCAAGGUCAACAAGCCCUGGCCCCACCAAGAUCAAGACCCCGAGAAGCCCGGUUUCCGAUGUUUGCAAGGUCUCGUCAAUAUCCUUCCCAACGGAGACAAGGACGGUGGCCUUAUCGUCUGCAAGGGCGCGCACCUGCUCAGUGAAGAGUUCCACGAGGACUUCAAAAACGAAGAGAACAGGAUCUGGGCUUGGACAAAGGAGUGGUACGGUUUCACCGACGAGGGUAUGGAGUGGCUGAAGAACAAGGGCUGCGAAUGGACCAAGAUCAACGCCGAGCCUGGUGAUCUUCUUGUCUGGGAUAGCCGCACUCCUCACUACAACGUCAGCCCUGAGGGUAACAUGCCUCGUUUCUGCACUUAUACCUGCUAUAUGCCUGCUGCAGAUGCUACACAGGAGGACUUGAUCAGGAAGAAGGGUGCUUUUGAGAACCUCCAGAGCACGACUCAUUGGCCCAAUGCCAUGCAUGUUGGUGGUAUUCCUAUCAUGCGAGACGGAAAGCCUUGUCCUUACAACACCAACAAGCCUAGGGAGGCACCGAAACUGACAGCUAGAGGAUUCGAGUUGACGGGUAUUCCAUACAUCGCUGCCUGA